GUGGUCACUGGGUGGCUGCCGACACCUGUGCAAAUCUAGGGAGCCCAUUUGGAGCCUUCCUGCACCUCCAUACCCUCAACCCCCUGCUCCAAAAUUCUUUGAAUUUAGAGUGAAGAAAAAUUUCUGAUUCCAGGACAUCAGAAAGCCAAGCACUUAUCAGAUGAUUAAGUUUGACUUGAAAGAAUUAAGCUCAGAGCAGAUAAUUACUUGGAAUGAAUUAUCUUGGGAAGACCUCCGGGGACUGGACAUCCACCCUAAGGUGGAUCAAGGGGCGGGUUGUUUGGAUUCCAACAACCCUUAUUAAGGACAGAGCCUAGGCCCUUCCUCGCUUUUCCAAGUCUUUUGCCAACCAGUUUGUUAGACUUUCCCCUAUUCUAAAUCAGGUCGGAGCAGAGCAUGGCCGUGGGAACGAGUGCUCUCAGCAAGGAGCCGUGGUGGACCCUGCCCGAAAACUUUCAUCCUCCAAUGGUGUUCCACAUGGAGGAGGACCAGGAGGAGCUCAUCUUCGGACUUGAUGACACAUACCUUCGCUGCAUUGAGCUGCACAGCCACACCCUUAUUCAGCUGGAGAGGUGUUUCACAGCUACAGGCCAGACACGUGUGACUGUAGUCGGACCACCAAUGGCAAAGCAGUGGCUGCUGCUCAUGUUCCAUUGCGUGGGGAGCCAGGACUCCAAGUGUCACGCUCAAGGUCUGAAGAUGCUAGAGCGUGUCCGAAGCCAGCCCCUGACCAAUGAUGACCUGGUCACCUCCGUUAGCCUGCCACCGAACACCGGAGACUGAUCUCCCCUGGGAAGAGGGGAUGAGAGGAGAAGUCUUGGCUUCGCUUUUGGUGAGAAAGACAUGAAAAACACUGAAGAAAGUUUGAAUUUGUGGCCAGACCUGCCCCUCUCAGGCCUUCUAGGCGUGUGUCUGAGGGAAGUCUCCUGAGUGUAAGAAGUGUUAUUGGCAAAGCAAUCCAAUAAAAUAAGCUACCUAUGAUGCAAA